AUAUUCCAAACGAACAAAUGACCUCUCAAAAUACAUGGAUUUGUCUCGUUUGGAAUGACACUGACAAAUAAUCAUUGUUCCAAUUUUGACAGUGUCGUCACUCUCCUUAUAUGCACUCAGAGGUACAUGUUUACUACGGCGUACAACCAAGCAUUGCUCGCAGAGUUUGUUUUGUUUUCAGUGUUCAGUCCAUUCUUUAAACCGACACAUCAUUAUCAAUACGUUCUACUGCGGCGUCACCUACCAGAUAGCAGCCUCCUUAAGUUGCUCACAGAUAAGUUAAAAACGAAUAGUCAUCCGGCCACAAAAAAGUGUUCGAACGGUUUUGCGUAAUAACGCACAAAGCUCGUUCAUCGGCACAAAGGCCGAAGUCCAUAGGUCGCGAAGAGCAAGUAAGUUCCCCCGACUGUGUGCGUCGUAACAUCGCACCAGCUAGUAAUCAAAAGAACUGUGCCUGUUUUGUGAAAGUGUCCAACGUUGAACCAGAAUAGGGAACAGACGUGAUGAACCGCGAUACGAUAUUCCACCUGCCAGAGGGCAGCAAGGAGACAACGUUCUACUACGACGAUUCUUUACCCGCGUUACCGCUGCCGAAAUUAGCGCAUACACUAAAAAGGUACUUCGAGUCGCUAAAACCGUUUGGGACGCCGGAAGAACUGAACAAUUCAAAAAGGGUCAUUGAGCAUUUCCGGACCGGAGUAGGUGCUAAACUACACGCAAUAUUGGAGGAAAAAGCAAAACACGAAAAGAACUGGGUCUCCAAAUGGUGGGAAGAUUAUGCUUAUCUGACGUUGCGUAUGCCCCUGAUUCCGUACUGUAUGAUGGCACAACCGCUUAUGUUCGAUACGGUAGGAUUGGAGUGUAUACCGGAGAACUUUCUGAAGGGCGCGGCUAUCUGCUGUACAGUCAAUAUGCGCUUCUGGAGCAUGAUUCGGAAAGAGACGCUACGACCGAUUGUGAGCGCUGAUAAAAGCAUAAUAUUUUCGUCUGACCUCUACAAAAAAUUGUUCAACACAUGUCGUAUCCCUGGCCUAGAAAUGGAUAAGAUUGUGAGCCAUUUUAAAACUGAAGCGGAUGGACCUUGCCCUUCGCACGUGCUGGCCUUAUACAAGGGAAGAAUAUUCAAGAUCGAAGGACUUCAUGAUAACGGCGACAUGUUGAGCGCGCAGGAUUUCCUGUUGCACUUUCAACAAAUUCAGUGUAAAGUGGACAGUGAGAUCGCCAACCAUCCUAGAGUUGCUCUGUUGACUCAUGACGAUCGAACCACCUGGGCUCGAAAUAGGAACCACUUGCUGGAAUUGACGGAGAAUAAUAGAAAUGCUCUGCUGGAUAUUGAGAGUGCAAUAUCUUUGUUUUCGUUGGAUACAAACUGCCCGGAUGAUUAUUCGGAUCUGGCAGUCAAAACGCUCAUCGGUGACCUACACUCCAGAUGGGGGGAUAAAAGCUGUGCCACGGUUUUCUUCCCGAAUGGAAAGCUAGGCUGUUUAGGAGAACAUUCAUGUUAUGACGGUUCGAUUUCGAUGUCGGUAAGCCUUUACGCUAUGUUGACGCUGGUGGAGGAAGGAAUUCCCGAUUGGACAAUACCGCCGAAGAAGCUGGUGCAGCCCGUUGAGUUGAUAUUGGAUGUAGAUGACGAAAUACGGUUGGAGAUUGAUCGAAUGCAAACAGUAUCAGAUAAAAUGCAAAACUGCAUUGGCGUAACUGUAGACCAGUUCAAAUCCUACGGAAAAGAUUACAUUAAAUCCAAAAGGAUUCAUCCUGAUUCGUGGGCUCAAACCGCGUUGCUGUUGGCGUACUAUCGGUUACACGGCAGCUUCGCACCAACCUACGAGACGGCCAUGAUGCGUCAGUUCUAUAAGGGUCGGACUGAGACUUGUCGGUCGUGUAGUAUUGAGACAGUUAACUUUAUAAAUGCUAUGGAGGAUGCUCGGGAAGCAACAUCUACUAAAGCUAGUCUAUUCCGGGUUGCUGCUAACCGCCAGAAUGAGCUAAUGAACGAAGCACGGAAAGGAAAUGGAUUUGAUAGACAUCUCUUCGGGCUGUGGUGCGUAGCAUACGAUGAGGGACUACCGAUACCAGAGUUCUACGAUGAUCCAUUGUACAGCAAAAGUGGCGGCGGCGGAAAUUUCAUUCUCUCGACUAGCACUCUCGGUUUUACGAUCAAUUGUGGUUUUGUGGCACCGAUGUGCAUGGAUGGGUACGGUUGUUUUUAUUCGAUAUUGUCAGACACGCUUUGGUAUAUGUUUUCGGCAUACAAAGACUCCGAUGUCACCAGUUGCCGUAAACUCCAGGCUGCCUUCUGCCAGGCUAUGGAAGAUAUUAGAUGUAUUAUGGAUGCGGAAGUGGCGGGAACAAAGCUUUAAAAUAGUAAAAUUUAAAUUUAUGCUCAACGAAAAAAGAAACGAGGUGAUUGUUUUUGUACUAUUGUUUUGGUAUGCGAAUAAACCGGUGCAAUGCUUUUUAAUAUUUUAUAUGCACUUGAAACCUCUGAAUGUACUUACUGUGAACAUGUUUCGAACUUGUCGUUUGCAGCUAGACAUAAAUCAGUAUGAGACUACUGAUUUAUGGAGUGAAUAACGUGACAUCGAUUGUGGUCUAAAAUUUAAUUCACCACUGGUUGUGUGCGCCACAAAACAAAUUUGUUGGCAUUUUUCUCGAUGCCUGGUAUCGGUGCUGUGCAAAUAGGAUAGGCUUUCACUCUUAACGAUGACCGUACCAUGAACAGCAUUUAUUUAGGAUAAACACUGGAAGCCGUAGAUAGGGGGAGAAGGUCACCGAGAACGGUAGGUACCACUCACCGCGGUUGACACUAAAGUGCAAUUUUCAUUGUCAACUUUUGCGGUUCUAGACAUAUGUUGUAGUAAACAAACAGCACCAUAAUAACCGUCUAUUGGACUGUCGGCUUGUGGGUAAUAAAUUUUAAUUUUUUUCUGCGUGGGCACUGAUUUGGCACUGUACGAUCGAUGGAACCAGCUUUUAAUUAACAGGUAUUGGAACUGUAUGUCAUGUCACCCUGUCACAAUGUAUAUUAUGUCACAUUAGA